UCCAAGAUGGCGACGAUAAACACAUGUUAUAUCAGUUGCGGGUCCAAUCGUACGCCUCAAAGUGCCGAUUGGGGACGAAAUAACUUGAUUUGUUAUGGGUCGUGUAGGGCUGUGGCUAUCUACCGACCAGAGGGUUGGUCAACAAAACCUGCAAGUGUUAUCUACACUCUCACUGGCCACCAGGACAGAGUCAACUGUGUUCAGUGGAUAUGGAACCCAGAUAACAGCAAUGAGGAUGAGUUGGUGUCUGGAUCUGUGGACAAAACGGUCCGAGUAUGGAGACAGGAAGGGGAUGAGUACAGCUUGACCGCCACCCUGAAGGGUCACACAGGGACAGUAAACGCAGUGGCAACGGUGAAAGUGUGCACCAACGUCAUUGACAACAACUCUGCAACUGUGUACAUUGCAACAGCAUCAACAGACUCUACUGUCAGAAUCUGGAGACGCGAGCUAGGAAAAGAUUUUGAAGAAGUCCAAGUGUUGACAUUUGGAACUGGUUUUGUUCUGACUGCGGCGUUCUCUCUCAUCCCAGACACUAAUGUUCCAGUACUGGCAUGUGGUGCUGAUGACUCCAAGAUCCACCUGUAUGUGUUGCAGGAAGGACAGUUUGUAAAGAAGAGAGUCCUGACAGGCCACGAGGACUGGGUGAGGGGGUUGGAGUUUGCUGUGGAGGAUGAUGGAGACCUCUUGCUGGCAAGCUGUUCUCAGGAUCACUUCAUCCGCAUCUGGAGGCUGGCUAGACGAGACAGCAACACUGGGACGACCUCCUCCAUCAGCAGCCUCUCGCUGGACGAGGACAUCAAGAUGAGGGAGAACACAUUUGCUUUUCACCACAACGAUGUUGAGAGAUUUCUGGCUGUGAGUCUGGAGUCGGUUUUGAGUGGUCAUGAAAACUGGAUCUACACCGUCAAAUGGCAGCCCCAGCAGAUGAAAGGCAACCGGUGGCACCAGCCAAUGACUCUUCUGUCAGCAUCAAUGGACAAGACAAUGAUCGUGUGGCAGUUUGACGUGGCAGCUGGAGUGUGGCUUGAAAAGGUGAGAGUUGGUGAGGUGGGCGGCAACAGUCUGGGUUUCUAUGGAGGACUGAUGAGCCCUGAUGGUCAGUCCAUUCUAGCUCACGGCUAUCACGGAGCUUUCCACCAGUGGUCGUACCAGCAGUCGACCUUGACAUGGGUGUCGACCGUGACCGGCGGUGGUCAUUUCGCCAGUGUGCAGGAUGUAGACUGGGAUCGAGAUGGGGGAGAGUUCCUGGUCAGUGUGAGUGAGGACCAGACAACCAGGAUCCAUGCUCCAUGGGUGUCGCCAGGUAGAGAGACAUGUUGGUACGAGCUGGCGCGACCCCAGAUCCAUGGUUACGACCUGCAGUGUCUGAGCAUGAUCAGUCGGUACCAGUUCAUCUCUGGUGCCGAUGAAAAGGUUGCUCGAGUCUUCCAUGCCCCGCGAAACUUCAUUGACAACUUCUGCCAGAUCUGUGGUGUUCCUCUUGACUCCGAGUUGAAGAAGAAGCCUGUGUCCUCUCUGCCAGAGGGAGCCAGUGUUCCUGCCCUGGGGCUGUCCAACAAGGCAAUAUUCCAGGGAGACGACAGUCUGAAGACAGACAGAGAACUACAGCGCCACCCUAACGAGCAGUACCCUGAUGUGUACUUUACACCUGUAGCACUCACUGCACCACCUAGUGAGGAGAAUCUGCUGCAGAACACGCUAUGGCCGGAGACACAGAAACUGUAUGGGCAUGGAUAUGAGGUCUUUGCCCUGGCCAGCAACCCAGCAGGGACAAUAGUCGCUACAGCCUGUAAGGCCUCUAAAGCUGAGUUUGCCAACAUCCUGCUGUGGGACACGUCCACAUGGAGACAAAUUGCUUCACUAGAGGGCGCCACGCUUACAGUCACCCAGCUGGCGUUCUCACACAGCGGACAGUACCUGCUUGCUGUGUCCCGAGACCGGACAUGGUCACUGUAUCAACAAACAGGUGAGAUGUGGGAGCGAGUCAUCAGUGUGGACAAGAAGAGGUCACAUUCCCGUAUCAUCUGGGCAUGUUGCUGGACACACGAAGACAUAAGUACUACAUCACAGUGUCUCAGGGACAAGAAGGCCAUGGUGUGGUCAGUGUCCAGUGUGACUGGGGAAAGCCGGGCAGCUGAAGCAGUGUCCGGACUUGAUCUGUCCGAUUCUGUGACUGCAGUCGACAGUGCACCUUGUACUGUCAGAGGCCAGUACCUGUUUGCCAUUGGUCUGGAGAGUGGCCAGAUUCUUCUGUAUCGGUGGUAUGCCAAGGACGGGAGCUGGACGUGCUGUCACACUCUCACACAAUCAAAUGCUCAUCAUCUAGCAGUGAAGAGACUGCGAUUCCGUCCUCGACCUGGUCAAUCUGGAUCAUCAGAAGCUGGUUCCUGGUUGCAGCUGGCCAGCUGUGGUCUGGAUCAUGCAGUCAAAGUGUACAAUAUCAACAUCAGCAAAUUAUGAUGUGUGUGUAUCCCUGUGUAAACCUGUCAGACACGACCACUGUCAAGUGAUGAUUCUCUUGAUAAGCUAUUUGUUACAAAUCACCAAGAUACUUCAGCUCGGGUAUAUAUAAUGGUGAGAAGUCAACUGAGAGGUGAAGGACACAUUAGCUAUAAAUGGCUGUGAUGUUGAAGGAGUGAAGGUCAGACCUGAUCCUGAGGACUUGAAAUGUGUAUCUUCUGACUGGUGACCUUGAGAAAAAACAACUGUGACCCAAUUGCUGGUGCUGUCAGAUCUGGGUUCCAGAAGCAGUGUAAAUAAACAUAGACCUAACAUCAACCACUGGUUUGUCCAACUCAACAAUUUAUAGGCAACUGUGAUAGAGCUGCAAACUGCAGAGAAUACUGUCUAGAUACAGCAAGUGCAGAGAAUACUGGUUAGAUACAGCAAGUGCAGACAAUACUGGCUAGAUACAGCAAGUGCAGACAAUACUGGCUAGAUACAGCAAGUGCAGACAAUACUGGCUAGAUACAGCAAGUGCAGACAAUACUGGCUAGAUACAGCAAGUGCAGACAAUACUGGCUAGAUACAGCAAGUGCAGACAAUACUGGCUAGAUACAGCAAGUGCAGACAAUACUGGCUAGAUACAGCAAGUGCA